AUGAAGGACAUUUACUGGCUUAUCCUGAAACUUGUCAACUUUGCAACCGUUGGCUGCAUAUGGAUUUCUGUGGUCCAGCCUACCAUCUUAAACAGCUGCCUCAAGUCAUGUGUACUUAACCUGGGCAGACAGCUGGACAUUGGCACACCAUAUAACCGGAGUGAACCAUGCAUUCAAGGAUGUCAUUUUUGGAAUUCUGUUCAUCAGGAAAAUUGUGCAUUGAAGUGUCGAGAAUCCUGUGAGGUCGGCUGCAGUAGUGCAGAAGGGGCAUAUGAAGAAGAAGUACUGCAAAAUGCAGACUUUCCCACAGCACCCUUUGCUUCUUCCAUUGGAAACCACAGUGUGACAUUACGGUGGAAAUCUGCCAAUGUUUCUGGAGUGAAAUAUAUCAUUCAGUGGAAAUACACGAAAUUUCCAGGAAGCUGGACUUACACUGAGGCAGUGCCCAAGCUCUCAUAUGUGGUUAAGUCCCUCCAUCCCUUCACUGAAUAUGUUUUUCGAGUGGUUUGGAUCUUCACGGCCCAGCUGCAGCAGUAUUCCCCGGCAAGUCCUAGUUACAGGACUCAUCCUUAUGGAGUUCCAGAAUCUGCUCCAUUCAUUAUAAAUAUUGAAAGUUCAAGUCCUGACACCGUGGAAGUCAGUUGGGCCCCACCCCAAUUCCCAGGUGGACCUAUUCUGGGUUAUAAUUUAAGACUAACCAGCAAAACUCAGAAAUUAGAUUCAGGGACACAGAGAACCAGCUUUCAGUUUUACUCAACUCUACCAAACACUACCUACAGGUUUUCUAUUGCAGCAGUAAAUGAAGUUGGUGAGGGGCCAGAAGCAGACUGUAAUAUUACUACUUCAUCCCCAGCAGUUCAAGAAGAAGAGCAGUGGCUCUUUUUAUCCAGGAAAACAUCUCUAAGAAAGAGAUCUUUAAAAUACAUAGCAGAUGAAGCACAAUGCCUUCAGUCAGAUGUUAUUCAGGAUAAUAUUACAGGAAUAUCUGUUCAUGCCCACCUUCAAGUUGUUUAUUUCUCUGAAAGAAAUCUCAUAUGGGUGAAAAAGGCUGCCAACAUGUCUGAUGUGACUGACUUAAACAUUUUUUACAGAGGUUCAGGAUUAAUUUCUUCCAUCUCUGUAGACUGGCUUUAUCAGAGAAUGUAUUUCAUCAUGGAUGAACUGGUAUAUGUCUGUGACUUAGAGAACUGCUCAACUAUUGACGAGAUAACUCCUCCUUCUAUUAUUGCACCUCAAAAAAUUAUAGCUGAUUCCUACAAUGGAUACAUCUUUUAUCUCCUGAGAGACGGCAUUUAUAGAGUCCAUCUCCCAGUGCCAUCUGGCCAGGACUCAGAAGCAGUGCACAUUGUGGAGAGUUGUACAUUAAAGGACCUUGUUGUGAAGCCACAGUCCAAGCGCAUUAUUUACUUCAACAACACCGCCCACACCUUCAUGUCAACAUUUCUGGAUGGCUCUGCUUCCCAUGUUGUCUUACCUCAUGUCUCCUUUGCUGACGUGAAGAGCUUUGCUUGUGAAAACACCGACUUUCUGGUCACGGAUGGCAAGGCUGUUUUCCAACAGGAUUCCCAGUCUUUUAACGAGUUCAUUGUGGGCUGUGACCUGAGUCACAUAGAAGAAUUUGGGUUUGAUAACUUGGUCAUCUUUGGCUCAUCCACACAGCUGCACCCUCUGCCAGGCCGCCCUCAGCAGCUCUCAGUGCUGUUUGGUUCCCACCAGGCCCUUGUUCAGUGGAGGCCUCCUGUCCUUGCCAUAGGAGCCAGUGAGUACUCCCUCACCAAUAUCGUUUCGUUCUCUUAAUUAGGCCCUUCUGCCUGGCAGAACUGGACCUAUGAGGUGAAAGUGUCAACCCAAGAUGUCCCUGAAGUCACUCGGUUUUUCUCUAACAUAAGUGGGACUAUGCUUAAUGUGCAGGAGCUGCAGAGUGCUACAAAAUACAGCUUUGCUGUGAGAGCAAGUUCUCACAAGGGACCGGGUCCCUGGUCAGAGCCCUCAGUGGGUACUACCCUGGUGCCAGCUAUAGAACCACCAUUUAUCAUGGCUGUGAGAGAAGAUGGGCUUUGGAGUAAGCCUUUAAAUAGCUUUGGCCCAGGAGAAUUCUUAUCUUCUGAGAUAGGAAACGUGUCAGACAUGGAUUGGUAUAAUAACCGCCUCUACUACAGCGACAUGAAAGGAGACGUUUAUGUGUGGCUGUUAAACGGGACAGAUGUCUUGGAGAAUUCUCUCAUACCCAACAUAGCAGGAGCGGGGACAUUAGCUUUUGAGUGGCUGGGCCACUAUCUUUACUGGGCUGGAAAGACGUAUGUGAUACAGAGACAGUCUGUGUUGACAGGACAUGCAGACAUUGUAACUCAUGUCAAGCAGUUGGUGAAUGACAUGGUGGUGGAUUCAGUUGGUGGCUACCUCUAUUGGACCACACUCUACACAGUUGAAAGCACCAGGCUCAAUGGGCAAAGUUUCCUUACACUUCAGGAACAGACUUGGCUUUCUGGAAAAAUGGUCAUUGCUCUAACUUUAGACCUCAGUGAAGGUCUCCUGUAUUGGCUAGUUCAAGAUAGUGAAUGUAUUCACCUGUACACAGCUGUUUUACGGGGACAGAGUGUGGAUGAUCCUAUCAUCACAGAAUUUGCAGCCUGGAGUACUUCAGAAAUUUCCCAGAAUGCACUGAUGUACUACAGUGGUCGACUCUUCUGGAUCAAUGGUUAUAGGAUUAUCACCACCCAGGAAAUAAGUCAGAGAACCAGUGUCUCGGUUUUGGAACCAGAAAAAUUCAACCAAUUCACUAUUAUUCAGACAGCUCUCAAACCUCUACCAGGGAACUUUUCCUUUACUCCUAGAGUUAUUCCAGAUUCUGUUUUAGAAUCUUCCUUCAGGAUUGAAGGAAAUGCUUCAAGCUUUCAGAUCCUUUGGGCUGCUCCUCCUGAGGUCGACUGGGGUGAAAUUUUCUACAGUGUGGAACUUAGCGCUCCUUCUAAGUUUCUGGCUAGUGAACAACUGUCUUUACCUGUACUUACUGUGGAAGGACUGGAACCCUAUGCCUUAUUCAACCUUUCUGUCACUCCUUACACCUACUGGGGGAAAGGCCUGAAAACAUCUCUGUCACUUCGAGCACCUGAGACAGUUCCAUCUGCACCAGAGAAUCCCAGAAUAUUUGUGCUACCAAGUGGAAAAUAUGGUAACAAGGAUGAAGUUGCAGUGGAAUUUAGGUGGAACAAACCUAAGCAUGAAAAUGGUGUGCUAACAACAUUUGAAAUUUUCUAUCAAAUAUCCAAUCAAAGUAAUGAAAACAAAAUAUUCAAAGACUGUAUUGCUGUCAAUGUCACUCCCUCCACAGUGUCUUUUCAACUGAAGGGAUUGAGACCUGAGUCCAUUGUUUACUUCCAGGUUCGAGUCUUUACAUCUAAAGGGCCAGGACCAUUUUCCAACACAGCAAAGGCCAAAACAUCAGUGAUCAAGCCUUUUCCAUACCUUAUAACUCUCUUUGGCAACAAAAUAAAUUUUUUAGACAUGGACCAAAAUAAAAUUGUGUGGACCUUUUCAUCAGAAAAAGACAUAAAUGUCAUGGACUACACUGCAGAUAAUGAGAUGGUUUAUUAUGCUCAAGGAGAGUCUCUCUUCCUUCUGAAUAUGCACAAUCUUUCCAGAGCUGAGGUUUUCCGAGAUGCAUUGCUUUUUGAUAUCACAGUUAUUACAGUUGACUGGAUUUCAAGGCACCUCUACUUUGCACUGAAAGACACACAAAAUGGAUUGCAAAUACUAGAUCUUGAUCUUGAACACAAAGUGAAAUAUCCCAGAGUUCUGAAGAUAUGGAAUCGAAAUUCAACAAUAAUCUCUUUUUCUGUCUAUCCUUUCUUAAGUCGGCUAUAUUGGACAGAAGUUUCCAGUUUUAGCUGUCAGAUGUUCUACUACAGUACUGUCAACCACACCUUGCACCACAUUCUACAACCUGGAGCUGAAAACCAUCACAAUGGAAGGAGCCAAUGUUCUUGCAAUGUGAAUGAAGUGGAGUUAACUGGCACCAUGACUAUUGAUAGCUCUGACUUGAAACAACCAUGCAUAUACUUUGUCAAAGGGCAAGAGAUCUGGGCCAUGGAUUUGGAAGGAUGCCAGUGUUGGAGAGUCAUCAUGAUACCUGCUAAGCUUGGAAAAUCCCUUACUAGUCUAACUGUGGAUGGGGAAUUUAUAUACUGGACUGUCACUACGAAGGACGGCACACAGAUUUAUCAAGCAGAGAAAAGAUUUGGGGCCAUUCCUUUCCAGGUGCAGGUCCCAGACAGUAAGCAUAUCUUGGCAUAUAGUCCAGUCAUGCAACCUUUUCCAGAUAAAUCAUUUCUAACUCUAACACCAGAUAUUGAGGAGCCAGUCAUACUCAGUGUCACUAACAGUAGCCUCACAAUCGGCUUACCGGCUGCCAAAACCAACCGCACGUGGCCUGGCAUCACCAGCCCUACUCCAACCUACAUGGUUUACUACAGAGAAGUUAAUGAUAAAAACAGCUCUGAGCAGAAAUGCAGAAUUCUGGAAUUUCAGGAACACAUAGCUCUGCUUGAAGGACUACAACCAUUUUCAACAUACAUAAUACAGAUAGCUGUAAAGAAUUAUUAUUCAGACUUGUUGGAAGAGUUACCCCCGGGGAAAGAAAUUUUGGGGAAAACAGAACGUGGAGUACCAGAAGCAGUUCACUUCAUUAACAUAACCCCUCAAUCAGACACGAGCCUCUUUAUAACCUGGGCAGAAACUCUCAAGCCAAAUGGACCUAGAGAGUCAGUUCGCUAUCAACUGGCCAUCUCACAUCUGCCCCUAAUCCCUGAAACUCCUUUAAGAAAAAGUGAAUUUCCAAAUGGAAAGCUGGCUGUCCUUGUCACCAAACUGUCUGGUGGAAAACAAUAUGUGUUAAAGGUAUUGGCCUGCCACCCUGAGGAAAUGUGGUGUGCGGAGAGUAAGUCUGUCACAGCUGAGACCUUUGACACACCAGAGAAACCUCACGCUUUGGCCCCAGAGAACACUAGUUUGCAGUUGAGUUGGAAAGCCCCGUCUAAUGUCAACCUCAUCAGGUUCUGGUUUGAACUCCAGAAGUGGAAAUACAAUGAAUUUUACCAAAUGAAAGCUUCUUGCAGUCAAGGCCCUGCAUAUGACUGUAACAUCCCAGAUCUACAACCUUAUACUUCAUACAAUGUCCGAGUUGUGGUGGUUUAUAUAACAGGAGAAAAUAGUACCUCACUGCCUGAAAGCUUUAAGACAAAGGCUGGAGUUCCAAGUAAACCAGGCAUUCCAAAAUUGUUAGAAGGGAGUAAAAAUUCAAUACAUUGGGAACAGGCUGAAGAGAAUGGAAGCAGACUUUUGUACUAUAUCCUUGAGCUCAGAAAGUGCACCUCAAAUGAUUCACAGAACCAGAAUUUAAAGUGGAAGGUGGCAUUUAAUGGAUCCUGCAGUAGUAUUUGCAUAUGGAAAUCCAAAAAUCUGAAAGGAACAUUUCAAUUCAGAGUAGUAGCUACAAAUAACCUUGGUUUUGGAGAAUAUAGUGAGAUAAGUGAGAAUAUUACAUUAGUUGGAGAUGCUUUUUGGCAACCAGAGAUCAGCUUUAUACUUGCUGUUAUAGUUGGGAUAUUUCUGAUUGUCACAAUCCCAUUGUCUUUUGUCUGGCACAGAAGGUUAAAGAAUCAGAAAUUUGCCAAGGAAGGCCUGGCAGUUCUCAUAAACGAAGACAAGGAGCUGGCCGAGCUGCGAGGUGUGGCAGCUGGAGUAGGACUGGCGAAUGCCUGCUAUGCCAUACAUACUCUUCCGACCCAAGAUGAGAUUGAAAGACUACCUGCCUUUCCUCGGGAAAAACUGACCCUGCGUCUCUUGUUGGGAAGUGGGGCCUUUGGAGAAGUGUAUGAGGGGACAGCAGUAGAUAUCUUAGGACCUGGAAGUGGAGAAACCAAAGUGGCAGUCAAGACUUUAAAGAAAGGUUCCACUGAUCAGGAGAAGAUUGAAUUCCUGAAGGAGGCACAUCUGAUGAGCAAGUUUAAUCACCCCAACAUUCUGAAGCAGCUUGGAGUUUGUCUGAUGAAUGAACCUCAGUACAUUAUCUUGGAAUUGAUGGAAGGAGGAGACCUUCUUACAUAUUUGCGUAAAGCACGCAUGACAAAGUUUCAUGGUCCUUUACUCACCUUGGUUGACCUUGUAGACAUAUGUGUAGAUAUUUCAAAAGGAUGUGUCUACCUGGAGCAGAUGCACUUCAUUCACAGGGACCUGGCAGCUCGGAAUUGCCUUGUCUCAGUGAAAGACUACAUCAGUCCAUCACGGACAGUAAAGAUUGGAGACUUCGGACUUGCAAGGGAUAUCUAUAAAAAUGAUUAUUAUAGAAAGAGAGGAGAAGGCCUGCUUCCUGUUCGGUGGAUGGCUCCCGAAAGUUUGAUGGAUGGUAUCUUCACUACUCAAUCUGAUGUAUGGUCUUUUGGAAUUUUGAUUUGGGAAAUCUUAACACUUGGGCAUCAGCCUUAUCCAGCUCAUUCCAACCUUGAUGUUUUAAACUACGUGCAAACAGGAGGGAGACUGAAGCCACCAAGGAAUUGUCCUGAUGAUCUGUGGAAUUUAAUGACCCAGUGCUGGGCUCAAGAGCCUGACCAAAGGCCUACUUUCCAUAAAAUUCAAGACCAGCUUCAGCUAUUCAGGAAUUCCUCCUUAAAUAGCAUUUCCCAAUGCCAUGAUGAAGCAAACACCAGUGGAGUUAUAAAUAAAGGCUUUGAAGCUGAAGAUGACAAUAUGAUUUGUUCGAGUUCAAAUGACAUUACACCAGUUGCUCUAAUGGAAACCAAGAACCAAGAAGGUUUAAAUUAUAUGGUAUUAGCCACGGAAUGUAGCCAAGGUGAACAAAAUGCAGAGGGUCCUCUAGGCUCCAAGGAAUCUGAAUCCUGUGGUCUGAGGAAAGAAGAGAAGGAACCACAAGCAGACAAAGAUAACUGCCAAGAAAAACAAGUGGCUUACUGCCCUGCUGGCAAGGCUGAAGGCCUCAACUAUGCCUGUCUCUCUCACAGUGGAUUUGGAGAUGGGUCUGAUUAAUGGCUCUGUUUGGGAAAUACAAGGUUGA